UCGCCGGAUUACCAUAGCGUUGUUCUCUUGUCAGACUUGGACACACUCUGCUGUUACAUACUGUUAUUUAUCCCACAUGUGUGGACUGUUGUGCUGUACCUAAGCUUGUCUGGCCAGAACAUUUGUUGGUAACGCUGCGGGCCUGCCGACUGGAUCAAGGCGAAUUCUCCACUAUGCCAACGUAGCGUUGUUAGCAUAGCGACUGGCUAAGCUAGCUAACGGUUGAUGGUAUAGCCGCUUGAUAUUCGCUGUCGUCUUUUCUACAGUUAACGUACCUGUUUGUAACCAUCUGGUUAUGUCUGUAUUACAACUUCAGCGUAAACUGAACCAUUCAAAGUAAAAUAAACCCUCAGGUGAUGACCUGGAUGGUGUGCCAUGUGAAUGACUGAAGACCAUGAAGCCCACACACAAGCUGCUGUUCGUCCUGUGCCCCAUGCUGGUCGUGGGCUUUAUUUACUACUCUUCCUGGAAGCUGCGUCUACAAGUAUGGGGCCUGAAGCCUCAGAGUGCUGCAGCAGAGACAACUGUAGGCCUGACUAAAGGGGCUGAAGUGAAAAGAAUAACAGAGAGUGCUGCAGCAGAGACAACUGUAGGCCUGACUAAAGGGGCUGAAGUGAAAAGAAUAACAGAGUUGGGAACGGACAUCCCCGUGGGACGAAUAGUAGGCUCAGUGUAUGAUAAGCAGGGCUUUCUGCUGCAGCUGGACACAAAACUGCCACCAGAGUUGGCAUACAAGUAUGGCAACCUCAGUGAAGGACUGUGCAAGCCAGGAUACGCAGCAGCCAAGAUGACAGCCAUCUAUCCUAAGUUCAUGAAACCGGCACCUAUGUUUCUUGAUCGGAACUUCAAACGUCUUGCAAAAGUCAGCAAUUACUUACCUCCAUUUGGAUUCAGAACGCAAGAGAGAAUCAUAGACAGCAUUUUAACUGCCACGAAGAAUUACGGGCUUGGAGAGGCGCUGGACAGUCUCAACUGUAAAAGAUGCAUCAUUGUGGGCAACGGGGGAAUCCUGUUCAACAAGUCUCUGGGCCCCCGUAUAGACGACUAUGAUGUCGUAGUGAGGUUGAAUCAAGCCCCAGUGAGCGGUUAUCGCAAAGACGUGGGGACCAAAACCACCAUUAGGAUUACCUAUCCAGAGGGAGCCAUCCAGAAGAUCGACAGUUAUGAAAAAGACUCCCUUUUUGUUUUUUCUGCUUUCAAACCCCUGGAUUUCAAGUGGCUCAGACAGAUGGUCUUCAAGGAGAAACUGAGGGGUACAGAGGGAUUUUGGAAGUCGGUGGCUCACUAUGUGCCUCGGGAGCCGACCGAGAUAAGAAUCCUCAAUCCCUACUUCAUCCAGGAGGCCGCCUUCCAGUUCAUAGGCUUGCCCUUCAACAAUGGCCUCAUGGGCAAAGGGAACAUUCCAACUUUGGGAACAGUUGCUAUAACGAUGGCACUGCAUAACUGUGAUGAGGUGGCGGUGGCUGGUUUUGGGUACGACAUAAACACGCCUUACGCACCUCUGCACUAUUGGGAGAGUGUCAAGAUGUCUGCCAUCAAAGAGUCAUGGACACACAACAUAGCCAAGGAGAAGGAGUUCCUCCGCAAGCUGGUGAAGGCCAACAUCAUCACAGACCUGACCAACGGUAUCUGAGUUUACACCCGCCCACAGUCUCCUUUUGCCUUUCCCAAAGGACUACAGAACAGGAAACUGAGAAAUGGAUCGUCUCUGGGAGAAAGAACUCUUAGAAUAUGGGUGGCCUGCACACCGUCUGGGUUUUUCAUAUCAAAGGAGAUCAUUUAAAAAAAAAAAUAAAAAACAAUACAGAUACAGGAGGGUUUCUGUGGAGAGAUGCACACAUGUGCCUUCUGAACCAAAGAGUCCUGCUGAUUGAAGCAGGAAGCGGAGGGGGUGUACACGGGGAGGACUGGAUCUGCCCGGUUCCUGUCUUUU